GCGGUUUCGAAUAAUAAUGAAGCGUCGGUGGCUCUCACCUCGAAAGAAACAAACAAACCGUGAAAUGACGUUUUUAGCUGUUAAAACACUGGAUAUUUGGACUUAUUUGGGUGCAGCAGAAAUGCGUGAUGAGGAUAGAACCAGGAGGAACAGCUGGGGAAUGAUGAAGAUCAUCAUCAUCAGGAGCACCUUGGUGUUAUUCUGAAGACUGACAAUGUGGUGAAGAGUCAGCUGUGACAUUUAUCUGCUUCAUCUGGAUGAGAGAGAGAGAGAGAGAGAGAGACUUUCCCUGCAGCCUUGAAAUGAAUAAAGCUUUCUCCUCGCUUCGGUCUCUCCUUUGGUGCCACUGGGCCAUGGUUCGUAAGAAAGGCUCCCUUAUCUUAUGCGGAGCGGUUCUGUUCGUCGCCUGGAAUGCCUUGCUGCUUCUGUUUCUCUGGGGAAGGCCGCCCAUCGGUCGACUCGGAGACGGAGGUGGAGCCGAACCAGGCGCAGGAGAGGAAUGGCAAGCUGGAAAAGGGAAGCGAGGUGGAGCCAGCGGACUGGCGGGCGAAGUAAUCCGAUUGGCAGAAGAGGUAGAAUCGGAAUUGGAGACUCAAAAGAAACUCCUGAAACAGAUACAGAGCCACAGAUCAUUGUGGGAACAGAGUAAAGACUUGAGGAAAAAAGAGGCUGAGGACGCAAGGGACAAAAAAGAUCAAUAUAAAGAACCUCAGCAGUCGCCCCAGUUACCUACCUUGGUGGGAAAUGAAAUUAUAAAAAACAAUCCGGUUCCUGUUGUCACAAACCCUCCUCCAGACACAAAGCAGGACAAGGAGUCGGACAGUGACAAACUGUUGGACAAAAAUAACGUGGCCCUUCCAGAUCGUAGUCCUCAAACUGUCAUCCCGAUCUUGGUCAUCGCUUGCGACAGGGUUACGGUGAAAAGAAGUUUGGACAAGCUGAUACAGUACCGGCCUUCAGUUGAGCUUUAUCCGAUCAUUGUGAGUCAGGACUGCGGUCACUCCGAUACGGCCCACGUCAUCGGCUCCUAUGGCAGUCAGGUGACCCAUAUCAGCCAACCAGAUCUCUCCAAUAUUCCUGUACGGCCCGAUCACAGGAAGUUCCAGGGUUACUAUAAGAUCGCCAGACACUACCGUUGGGCCCUGAACCAAGUGUUUAACACGUUCGGUUACUCCACUGUGGUCAUCGUGGAAGACGACUUGGAGGUGGCACCGGAUUUUUUUGAGUACUUCCGUGCUCUCCACCCGAUCCUGCUCUCUGACCCGACGCUGUGGUGCAUCUCAGCCUGGAACGAUAAUGGCCGUGACGGACUGGUGGACCCGGGCAAGCCUGACCUCCUCUACCGGACAGAUUUCUUCCCAGGUCUGGGAUGGAUGCUGUUGAAGGAGGUUUGGGCAGAGCUGGAGCCCAAGUGGCCCAAAGCAUUCUGGGAUGACUGGAUGCGUCAACCAGAGCAAAGGAAAGAGCGUUCCUGUAUUCGGCCAGAGAUCUCCAGGACUAUAACAUUCGGCCGGAAAGGAGUCAGUCUGGGUCAAUUUUUUGAUCAGUACCUGCGCUACAUCAAACUCAACACUGAAUUUGUGCCUUUCGCUAAACGAGAUUUGUCUUAUUUGGUCAGGGAGCACUAUGAUGAAGACUUUGAUAAAGAAGUCUACAGUGCACCCUUGGUGAAAGUAGAGGAGCUGCAGCAGGGGGGCAGUUUGCAGGGUUCGGGUCCGUUCAGGGUCCAGUACUCAAGCAGAGACAGUUUCAAGGUGUUAGCCCGGAAUUUGGGAGUGAUGGACGACUUAAAGUCUGGCGUUCCACGCGCCGGUUACAGGGGCGUGGUCAGCUUUCGUUCUCGUGGUCGAAGGAUUUAUUUGGCACCCCCUGAGGGCUGGACGAAAUACGACACAAGCUGGAGCUGAAGGGUAUCCUAUGGACUUGAGAAACGGAACCAUGCGAGAGGACAUGGUCGUCCUCUUAAACCAAAGAAAACAUGCAUGGUCGAGAUGGGAAUGCAUGGAUAAAAUGUGAGCUAUUUUAUGAAGGAAGGCAGCUUCGAUGAUUUACCUGGCAUUCACACUAGCAAGCGACAAAACCUUGUAAGAUCGCUUCAGGUUUUUCACUUGUGGUUGUGUGUCACGUCUGCUGCAUCAUCACCUCCGGGUGCGCACUGGUUGAGGGUUUUUUGUUUUGUUUUGUUUUCAAUACUACUGUUAUAAGAUAUAGUAGUCUUUUUUCUACGCCAAAGGCUGCCGAAAGGGAACUAACCACCGUUCCGAAACUAGUGUGAAAAUAGUGAUUCUCACAAGACCAUUGGAGUUGACUAGAGCCAGCCAUUUGCGUUAGUCUUGUCAGUGCACUGUGCCUCAUUUGCGUAGACUUGAGAAUAUCAAAUUCAAAUGCCACAGAUCGUGGCGUCAUGUCAUGCAGCUUGCAUCGAAAACGAAUAUUUGCCUGUUGCUUUGUCACUUGCUAGUGUGAACAUUUGUUUAGGGUUAAACACCUGGUUGUACUAGGAACAACAACAAAAGUCAAUUCCUCAUGCACAUACCGUAAUCGUAUUCGGAGAAGACCUAAUGUGAAAAGUAUUACCUUUUAACAUGACCAUGAAGGCUUGACAUUAUUCACUGCUAAAUUGUAUAUUCUCUGAGUGACUAUCAUAAAAGAUCUCUCACUCGGUGACCCAGUGAGAGUUGUUUUCAGUGAAUUACUGAUGUUCUAAUGAAGUUCCUGACUUAUAAAUGAAGUUAUAAUUGUCGUCUAAGUUGACUGAAACAUUCAGGAAGAAAAAAAAAGAAAGAUUUGACACACCUUUUAAAGGAGCACUACUUUGGCGAAGUUCCCAUAUGUGAAGCACCAAAACCUUUGUUGAAGCACUUGAACACUUCUUCGUUCUCUAUAAUUUGGGAGCAUUUUCAAUACAAUACAUUUAGUUAAAGAUGCUUGAAAUGUUGGGUUUGUUCCAAAACCAGUGACCACAGAGAGUUUGCUUUACACGUCAUGUCAGUGUGGUCAUCAUCAGUGGAUCCAAGUAGACUGGACAAGAGGACGAAUCUAAUCUAAUUAAAAAAAAAUAAUGAAAUACUGUAUUUGCAGGUGAUUGUGGGAAGAUUUGAUAUGUUCGAAUGUCUGUAUGACAAAAUAUAAAACCACUGCCUGAUGUGUUUAUAAAUUUACUACAUUGAUAAUAAAUGACUAUUUUAAUA